CCGGCUCCUCCCCCGCUGGGGCGGAGCGGCGGGGCCCGAGGGCGGUGGGGCCGUGCCGGGUGAGGGGUUAGGCGGCGGCGGUGCCCGGCAUGUCGGCGUUCUCGGAGGCGGCGCUGGAGCGGAAGCUGUCGGAGCUGAGCAACUCUCAGCAGAGCGUGCAGACGCUGAGCCUGUGGCUCAUCCACCACCGCAAGCACUCGGCGCUCAUCGUCAGCGUGUGGGAGCGGGAGCUGCGCAAAGCAAAACCAAAUAGGAAGCUGACAUUCCUGUACUUGGCCAAUGAUGUCAUACAGAACAGCAAAAGGAAAGGACCAGAAUUUACAAAAGACUUUGCUCCAGUAAUAGUGGAGGCUUUUAAGCAUGUUUCAAGUGAGUCUGAUGAAAGUUGUAAAAAGCACCUUGGCCGAGUGCUCUCUAUCUGGGAAGAAAGGUCUGUUUAUGAAAACGAUGUAUUAGAACAACUUAGGCAAGCUUUGUAUGGAGACAGAAAGGUGAGGAAGCGUACGUAUGAACAGAUAAAAGUUGAUGAAAAUAACUGUUCACCUCGAAGUUCUCCCACUGACCCUCCACAGACCACAGAUCUCAUUAGAGCGUUACAAGAACUAGAAAAUGCUGCCUCUGGGGAUGCAGCAGUUCAUCAGAGAAUAGCCUCUUUGCCUCUAGAGGUCCAAGAUGUGUCCCUAUUAGACAGGAUAACAGAUAAGGAAUCUGGAGAGCAACUUUCCAAAAUGGUAGAUGAUGCAUGUAUGUUGCUGGCGGAUUACAAUGGCAGGUUGGCAGCUGAAAUAGAUGAUAGAAAACAGCUAACUCGAAUGUUGUCAGACUUCCUGCGAUGUCAAAAAGAAUUCCUUGCAGAGAAAGAACAUAAGCUGGAAGAAUACAAACGCAAGCUCGCCAGAGUGUCCCAAGUGCGGAAAGAACUCAGGUCACGCAUCCAGAACCUGCCUGAUCUCUCUCGACUUCCCAAUGUCACGGGCAGCCAUGUACACCUACCGUUUGCAGGAGACAUCUACAGUGAUGAUUGAUUAGAAGAACACCCUUCCAUAACCUCUACUUUUCUGUGAAAUGAGGGGUAGGUCAGACUGAUUGGUACUCUUGUAGUAUUAUUUUUGUAUAUUGUUGGAGAGUGUCAGUAAAAUACUCUAAUAAUUUAUAAAAAAAAAAAAAUGGUUAAAAAGUUGAUUUGUUUACUAUUUUAUUGGUGAGUGAACAUAAGGGUACAUUUAUAAAAAGUGUCUGCAUCUAAUACAUUAAAGAAUGGGUAGUUAUCUUUUGUACAGAUUUUGGUUGGGUGCACUGUAAAAAACAAGAUUUUUCCUAUGUACCCUAUAUUUAAUGUAGAUCAACAUGUAAUCAAAGUAUACUUCUAACUUGAGACAUUUCAGUUGCUAGUGAGGGAGUGAAACAUAGAAAUCACAAGUUUAUGUUUGCAAGAAAGUUAAGACUAUUUAAUGCAAAGUUAAAAGUAAUCCUGCUGUCCAUUACAUUUAAAAUACCCAAUGUCAAAGCAAGUCAGGUGGUUUAUUUUGAAGUAAAUGUUAGAAACCGAUUUUGUAUUGGAAAACAUAAAUCAUGUUACACUGAGUACAUCUUUGAAUGACUCAAAAUGUUGCAAUAUGUUAGUAUAAUUUAAAAGUCAGUGUAAGAAACUAUACAAUUGACCACUUUAAUUAGGCUUCAAAAUUGGAACUUUUCUUCUUACAGCUGCUUAGUUUCUAAAUUGAGGGACUAUUCAUUUGUAUUCUAAUCCUUUUCUGGAACAGCCAUCUCCAUCUAAAAAGGUUAAUCCCAGAAAUGCAAAGCCAUUUUACAGCUUUAAUUAAAUUGAAAGGUCAUUCUCUAAACGAUCCCAAUUGUUAAAUGUCCAUUACUAAAUCCGACAACCCGAUAUACAAUCUAUACAUGCGAGUAGCAUGGUUCAGCCAGAUUGUAAACUGUAUAGAAGCUUUGAGUCAAGCCACCCCCCUCCACUGAGAAACCCCAGAGGCCAGUAUAGGCUUCCAGCCCCCUAGCUCCAGGAAACAUUUCUAGAUCUUGAUGCUCUUUUCUCACAAGGAAAGGAGGAGACAGUUCAGGACUGUGUAUAAGUUAAACCAUGGAAAAUUAUUGCUGAGUGUUUUUUUUGUUUUUUUUUAACAACACUUUGCAUGGCACGAAUGUGAUAUUUGUUUAAAGGUAGCCAAACCUGUGAAAAUUCCUUGUUUCUACUAUGCACCAGCUUUUAAUUUCACUUGAAAACCUAAAGGUAUAGACAGGCACCUAGAGGAUUGCCAGAAAGUUGAGGCUUUUCAGUCAAUUGGAAUUAGGCACUCAGUUGUUGAGGGGCGAUUAAAAAAUGUCUACCUGUACCCUUUGGCAUUUAGAUGACCUUAAAAACCUAGUCGGCAAGUGUUUUGAGUUGGAUGGAUCAUCUGAGUAUUUAAUGAUAGCAUUUUGUUCAUGGGUUUGCACUUGUCAGACGUUGUUUUGCAUCAGUUAAGUUCAGAGGUUACGGGUCUAACACUCCUUUUCAUGUGAAAGCAAACUUUUAAAAAUAAUUUAUACUUGUUUUCAAAAACAAGUAUAGAUUCAGAAUAGUUCUGGAGUGAAAUUGUUGAAGCUAGAUAGUAAUUUGUCACUUGUGUUUGACUUCUACAGGGGCAAUCCCUAGAAUACUUGCUGUAUUCUAUGUGAAGAAAACUGUCUCUAAAAUAGUUACACUUACAUGUAAGCAUCCCAGUCCAAUUAGCUUUUCCCACAGAAGACAUGAAUUAGACCUCAGUUAAGUAGAGGAAAAAAAAAAAGUACAAGCUUUGACCUAGCAUUCCAUAGUAUGCAAUGUAGAAUAUUAAUGUCAUCAAAAAUUCUGACUGACAGGUAGGAAUGCUGAAAAUAGCUUACCUGAGCUCACUGACGGUCUAAAAUUUGUAAGUUAACUAAUUAAUUCAGAGGAGUGUUUCUUUAGUUCAGAUCUAAUAUGUAAAAAUAAAUAACACUUAUUGCCAUCUUUUCUUCUUGCAUUUAUGCUAAGAAAAUGAACAUCCAGAUACAGUUUACAUGUUAAAUAUUUCUGUUCUAAUAUGUUAAAACUCAGCUCGUAAAUUUAGAAAUACAUGUGUGUGCAUUACUGCUGCAGCUAAAGUUCAGCUUUGCUAAAGAACAGCAUCAAAUUAGUUAUAAAUAUUAUAACAGUGCAAUCCAUUAAGAACUAUAAAACAAGAAAGAUAAAUAGUGCAUUUAUUGUUGAAUCCCAUUCAGGGAUUUCUUAAUUUGUUACCAAGAGGUGAUUCUAAGUGCAGUGGCAUGGCUUGCUUAGAGUCCAUUGAAGGAUCUAAGUCAUGGAUACUCAAAACUUUAGGGAAUGUAUUAAGCUUAAAUAGCCUUUUGCUACCUUAAUUAAGAACCAUUUUAAAAAUAAAGUUGAGUGCUGAAUUUCCUUGAUCUCUCAAGAGAAUUAAAAAAGAUGCACUUACUUCACUAGGCUUGUUUUUCCUAUUCAUACCAUUAUCUUUGUCAUAAUAUUGCUUAUCUACAGAUAAUGUAGAACUAAUGAAAGAAUGAGGAAAAAUCUCAACAUUUUCUUGGUGUAUAUAAGUUUUAAUUUUGAGAGAGUGUUAUUUUCUGGAUGUAUUUUUUCUUUAUUUUAUUGUGAUAAUUGUUUACUUCAAGGAGUAUUUCAUAGUUGGGUUUUUGGAAAUUGUCCCUCAAAAUUUGUUUGGAAAAAAGGACUUGCCGAAGGGAAAUGCCACUCUUACAGCAAGUGUUAUAUAUUAGUGGCUGAAUGGUACAUUUUUUUUUUUAUUAUUUCUAUGGAAAAGGCAUCAUGUAUCAACUAGUUAGAAGAUUUAUAUUAUAGCUGUAGUAGUAUAGCAAGAGAUGAUAACAUGGUACGAUACAAACGCAGCCCUGUAGUAUCAAAAGAUACCUCUAAAUUCUCAGGUUCCAAAGCUUAUUGCAUAUACAUCUGACAUCUCAGGAAGAAAAGAGUCUGGGUGGGGAAAGAGUGAGUGCCUGGAAGCUAAAAGGGGGAGAAAAUGUCCGAGUGGAAAUGAGAAGCAAAACAAAUGUCAACGCUUGUCAAAAUAGAAAUCAGAGUGUGAAACUCUGAGCAGCACAGUGAUUACCUGUAGCUGGGAUGAUACAACAGAACUGCUUUGGGGUGUUGCAACACUGGGGAAAUGUGUGUGUGUACCCUGCCCGUCUCUUCUAACAUGGUCUGACUGUACCCAAACCAGAAUGCCCACCUUACAAAAUGCAUAAAUAGUAUCUGAACAUUUUGCAGCUAAUAAUAAAAGCAUAAUAAUCAGAUUAUUUGCUUCGCUGUAUUGCACUUUUAGUGAGCAUUCUUUGAAAAAAAAAAAAAAAAAAAAAGCAAAGACAAUCCUGCAGCUCUUUGCCAUAUGAGAAUGCUUACCUUGGAGGUCACUGGGACUGCUUGUAUACUCUGGGGGUUGUAGGAUCAAUCUGUAUUUUUGCAAAAUGUUUUGAAAACUACCCAGAACAUUACCCCAAUUCUCCAGUUUUAAAAAUAAACGUGAAGCCCUUAGUUACAAAAAUAGUCGUUCUUAGAAAUUGUGUUUCAUUGUUCCUUUUGAAAAUUAAAGUGUACACUGCAGUAACAUUAGUUUUUCUGUCUCACUCAGGUAAUGUUUGUAGUAAUACAUUGAAGCACCUCAGCUAAUCCCUAGGAACACAACCCAGGCUACAUGCUUAAUAUGUAUUUUAUCUGAGUAGUCUUCUGAAUGUCAAACUGAGAGCUUUCAUUAUAAUAAAAUUACAUUCCUCUUUUCCUGAAGUUUAAAAAGACAUUGUUUUAGUAUUUUUGACAGGCUAAUAUUCCUCUCCCGAGCCAGUGGCAGCUCAGUCUGGUAAUUUAGUGAUUACCCAAAAUACAUACUUGGGAUGCAGUAGUUCCCUGCACAGAUGAACAUGGAGAUCACGCAUAGGCUUGAUUGGCCCUCUACACAAGAGCUGGAUUUUGAAACGUGAACAAACUGAUUCCUGGCUUUUCUGCUGUGGAAGGAUUAGUGAAAUUGGAAACCAUCACAUCUGAAACGUGACUGUUACAUUUAUAAAUAUUUAGGGCCAGUUCUGCUUAUUGCUCAUGCAUAUAAUCACACUGAGUAUUCCUACAAGUAAAGAAAGCAGAUUCAAAUGUACUGUCUGGAGUGGAUUUUUUUUUUCAUUUUAAUGAAUGACGAAUUUUGUCUCGGCUCCUAUUUCAGGGUGUCAUUUAUCUUGAUUAAGUAGUAAAUCUCUUCCAUCGUGUUAUUUAGAAACCUAAUUCUGAUUUUAUCUUUACAACAUUUAAAGUAUCCUACUAAGCAUGAUGUUUUUGUGGGAAUUUGCAAAAGUUCAAUAGCACUCUUGUUACUUGUUUGCAACAGAAAUAGACUCAUUUGUUAAAAGCUAACAAGAAAAGUUUGAAAUGUAAAGAUGUUUCAUUAUUGUGCUCUUCUGACCGAUUGUGUAAUCCUUGUGUAAUUUAUGUCCUUAAAAUAAUACCUGUACGUAUGCUCUUUCAUAUUUAAUAGAAUAAAACAUUGUUGUAAAAACA